GGGAAACCAUGGAAUCCGCUUACUCAGCUCAGCUGUUGAAAUUUGAACGGAUUUAUUUCGAUUCAUCACGAUAUAUAUAACCUCACUUCUCCUAAGAUCUCUUUUCCGCAUCAAUCAAUCUUGUGUCGAGGCGGGAAGCUCCCAAGUCGUUCUUUUAUUUCAAAAAUGUCGUCCGCUGCUGUAUCCCCCAUUUCAUCCUCCCAGGUCACCUCUCAAACGGCCAAUUCUUCCGUAAAGCCAUCCUACUCCGAAACAGAAAAGCCAAAGCCCUGCUGCGUCUGCAAACCCGAAAAGACCGCUCGCGAUGACUGCAUGCUCUUCUCCAAGUCCGACAACCCUGCCGAAUCGGAAUGCAAAUCCCUAAUCGAUCAAUACCGAAGCUGCAUGGCCGGCUACGGGUUCAAGGUGUAACGGGGAACAAAGUCUCGAGAGAUCAUGGUUACGGUUACGCGACUAACUUGAAAUUCUGGGUAUGGUUAUCGGCUUGAGUGUGCUCAAAUAUUACAAUGGCGUUCCGGAAGGGAUGUAUAAAUACUGACGCUGGUUUCACGAAACCGCCAGCUAAGGGCAGGAUAAAGGUCGUUUGGGAUUCAACUGUACAUUACUUUUAUAAGAGGUCUUCGCAUUGUGUUUGAAGGGUGGAAUAGACCAUCUCUUUUCUUUAUAC